UUAUAACAGAGCUAUGCAAAAGCACCGAAAAGCACGAGAUUUUCACAGAGAUUUUCUCCCACAGGAUGUGUGCUGUGCCAGAGUGUAGAUACAAAUGGGCGAAAGUAGUAAGGAUACGACAUUUCUGCGCAAAGCACGCACUUAAAAUAACAGUAACAGCGUGAGUGUUUGUUUGGUGGCACAAGCAGUAGUAGUGAAAUUUUCGCAGUCUACUGGUGCAGUUGUGAUGGGAAGGAAAUGUGUGCUAAAUAAAUGGGGGAAAAAAUAUAUGUAUAAAAAAUAGAACGUUGCCAAUAAGAGUUGUCAAAAGUAAUUCGCGCUAAAGUCACAGUUGAAUUGGAGUUGGUAGAGGAGUUGGAGCGCUUCUAGUGAUAACAAGAAUUGUGCAAGCGCACAGAAAGUGAAAAAUUUGGUUGUCGCAAAUUGCUGAGCUAAGUGCAAAUAUGUGUCGCAUCUAAUGCUUUUGCGGUCGUUGCGCAGGAAUAAUAGGGUGUUACCACUUCGUCAUUGAUUUGUGAAAAUCGACCAGAAUCUGUGUGUUUAUAUGUUGGUGCCACGAUGGAGACAUGCAGGACCUGUGCGAGAUGUGAUUUUGAGGACGAAACCAAAUGGUUCGAUUUAUUCCACACAACGCGCUGUAAACGUGAAAUCGAAGAAAUGCGUGUGGAGUUCAAUAACUGGCAAUUGCAGAUCUCACCCAACGACGGCCUGCCGCAGAAGAUCUGCUCCGAUUGUUUUUCAAAAUUUUGCAAUGUGUUCACAUUUCGUCUGCAAUGCCAGCAAGCGCAAGUGAAAUUAAAUAAUAUUUUCGAUAAAAUCGAAACGCAAAGCAUGGAUGACGACCGAUUUGAUGAUAAUCUGGAAGAAUUAAGUGCACAACUGCUGCGGAUUGUAGAAGAAAACGCACGACAAAUAACGAAUUCAACGAGUAACGAAGAAAACUGCCAAGCAGAUGAUUGUGCUGCCGCUGCCGUGGACGAUGUUGUUUCGGCGAAUGCUACCCCUUCAGCUGCUGCUAUUGUGAUGUUGGAUAUGCUUGAUGAAAAUAGUACUAAUAACUACUCCGCCGUGUCCGCCUCCGCCGCCGGUGGAGAGUGCGGAAAAGACGGUGCACAGCUGGUUGAUGCAGUUCCAUCAGGUCAAACCGAGGUUUCAACUAAAACAAUCGAAGACACCGUCUUAGCAAAAACAAUGCCUAUAACAAAUGAGAAUACCGCAAUCGCUGCCGCUAUAACACAAACUAACUUUUACACUGCCGGCGUUGAAUGUCAAAGUGAAGCGGAAAUGCAUGUGGCAAAUGUGACGACUGAUACCGUUACAGCAAUGACGGUCCACAAAGAGGACGUAAAGGAAUUAGUAGAAGAAGGAAACAAAGUCGAGACCGAAGUAGAAGUAGAAGAAGAUGAUGAUGUCGUCCAAGGUGAAGUGAAUGUAAACGAGCAAAUUCAUUUGCAUGUCGAUGAUAUAAUUGAGGAAGAUUUCUCACUCGACGAAACACUUGCGGAGGAGGAAGAGGAAGCGGAGGAAACAGCGAUAACUACAGCCGGACUGUUGGACCAUGACACUGCUCAUACUGACUGCAUUGUAACCGAUAUAAGCGAAGAUCUGGCACAGUCUGAAGGUUAUGCCGAAGAAAGUGUGCCUUUUGCGGAUGCCGUUGAAGAUGAAGACGCUGAUUAUGAUGAGGAUGAAGGUGUGUUGGAAGCAUUUGAACCGGUUACACUUUCAACGAAUACCUACAAUACAAACAACAACACCAUAUUAGCAUCACAAUAUGUCUUUCAAAUGUCUGCCAUCAACAAUUGCUACAACACAACACUGGGCCAACAACAGGAAGUCAGCAUUGUUUUCGAGUGUAAAUACUGCCUGAAAACUAAAGAUAUGCCAAGUACGCAUUUUGAGACACAACAGGCUCUACUCGAGCACAUAGCCAAUACACACGAUGCUGAAUACCCAUUUACAUGCCCACAACGCGGUUGCACAGAGGGUUUUCGCGACGCCGCCUCACGCACGGUUCACAUGAAAAGCGAACAUGUGGCCAAACAUUAUGAGUGUGAUGUGUGCGGCAAAAAGUAUGCCGAUCGCUUCAAUUUGCGGCAUCACAAUGAGAAGUUCCACAGCGAGACGGAUUUUGGCUGUGACACAUGUGGCAAGCGCUUCUAUUCGCGUAAAAGUCUUAACUAUCAUAUGAAAUGGCAUAAUCCGGAAUUAUUGUUGCAGUGUAGCCAAUGCGAUCGACUGUUCAUCAAUCAGCGGCAUUUGAAGUGUCACGAAGAGACGCACAACGGGGUGAGGAAUAGUGAACCCUGUACCUUUUGUGGAAAAACUUUCAUACAUUUGAAAACUUUACGUUGGCAUUUGUAUCGGCAACAUGGCGGUGAAAAACCAUACAAGUGCGGCCAUUGCACUGAGGUUUUCGCCUCUUAUUUGGAGAAACGCAUUCACAUGUUGGAUAAUCAUUUGGAAAACCUCACCACCAUCGAACGAACCGAAUGUAUGCUCUGUCGCCAACGCUACGAAGAUGAACACGAGUUAAGCGAACAUAUACGCAACAAACAUAUUGAACGCCCAAAAUCAUCGGUGUUGCUCAUAGCCAACAAUAAGCGAGUGGUGCGUAAUAAACGGCAAAAACACUAUAGUGGCAUCUUCCAGUGUGAAAUUUGCGCGCAGCGUUUCAACAUGAAGUCAGCAUUGGAACGACAUGCGGCAGUACAUUCGAGCAUUGGACGACCUCACAAAUGUCCGGUUGAGUCCUGUGCGAAGCGUUUCAAGCGUGCACAGGAUAUGAAUUGGCACAUGAAGACGCAUUCGAAUGAGAAGCCGAAUGUGUGCGAUGUGUGUGGCAAGGGGUUCGCGCUUAAAUAUGUGCUGAAUCAACACAAGCGGAGUCAUGAAGUUCUUGAGAAGAAUUUCAAAUGUAUGAUCUGUGGACGUGCCUAUCUCUUCGAGAAAUCACUUCGUGUGCACGAGCGUGUACAUACUGGCGAAACUUAUUACUGUUGCGAUCUGUGUGGCGAAAAUUUCGUAACACAUAUGAAAUUCAAAACUCAUAUGAUGAAAAAACAUGACCCGAACACAACAAAUUUAGACGAGCACAAUAUUGACGUUUUUGAUGAGCAGCUGCGUGAACCUUAGAAGUCUAACGAAAGUCAAAAGCUUACAUUUUAGGGAAUAUUAUUGGCCUAUAGGAGUUUGAGAAUUUGUAAAGAUGGAUUUUUUAAACAUUGCUUUUUUCUGCGAAAAUUCGAUACACCGUACAAUAUUUUGAAUUGGUAUCGAAAUACUAUUUACAUAUAAAUGUAAACAUACAUACAAGAACAUUUGGCGAAAAAUUAAAUUAAAAUGAAUCGGUAAUUUUGAGUUUAAUACUUUAAUAAUUAAAGUUUAUCCUACCUUUUUCGAAAAAAGUCAACCGCAGUCGAUAGCUUUAGUUCCGAAUGUUGACGCUUUAAAUAAAGAUACAACUUAAUGGCGCAUAAUAAUAGUCGAAAAUAAUCCCGUUAUCAUAUUUAUUGGGUAUGGGAAUAAGUUUGCGUCCUAUAUAUAUAUAUAUAUUCUUGUGAACACAGGUGUAUAUAAAUAUAUUAUUCGCAAUUUAUUUACUUUUUGCUCUUCUGCCGUUUUUAAUUUUCAAAGCUUUUUUUUCUAUAUUCGUAUACUGAAAUCUCUUAGGCAAAAGUGUUUAUGUUCAAUGUUUAAGAAAUCCAUCUAUAUUAAAUAACUCCCAAUAAUACUGGCCAACAAGAAAUUUACCAGAAACCAGAGUAUACUUAUUCCAACAAAAUUCUAAUUAAUAAAAUACUAAGCGACGGUUUGAUGCAGAAUUUUAAAAUUUUAGAAAUUUAAAUAUUUAAAAAAAUGUUAACUGCGCUAUCUUGCAAACUUAAGGGUUAUCAAAAGAAGAAUAUAUUACUUGUACUUUGAAAUGUGAUGUAUGGUUUUUUUACAAAAACAAAAAAAAAAUUGCCACAUAACCUCAAAUAUGUGUAAGCUAAAACCGCGUUUCUUGCACGUUUAGGUAAAAUAGUUUCAAACAUCACGGAAACCCGGGCCACCUGAGCAAUUAUGAUUUGAAUUCAGCACGUCGAAACCUUGGGAAAAAUAUAUGUAUAAUUACUUGGCUUCUGGUAAAAUAUUUUCGGUUAAUUCUGUACGUGCAAUGGCUCAAAGAGAGAAUCAGACAGUGGAUAUGCAAAAUAACAUAGAGAACCAUUGGAACUGUUUUCCAUUAAAGGAAUGUAAAGAGAGAUUGCUUAUAGAGAGAUAAGAAGAGGAAAUGCUCAAAUACAAUAAUACGCACAUUAUGGCUCACCGUUGACGAAAGCAGUAGCAGAAAUUUAUGUAUAAAUACGAAAUGAGUAAAUAAAAAUCAAUAACAAUUAUAUUAUAUAGUAUAUAAAUGAAAAAUAUAACAUGAACAACUGCUUAUGUAUACUUACACAUACACCUAUAGACUAAGGGCAACUACUUUGAUGACUGCUCAAUUUUUUUAGGUACUGUAUUAAAUAAUUUAGUGAAACGCAUUUAUUGUAUGUAAUGCAAUUGUUUAGAUAAUUGUAAUUUUAUAAAGAAUGAAAAUUAAUAGCAAUAUUUUGUAGCAGUAGUUGAUGAAUUUUGGUGGUGAUAAUGAGGCCCUGAAAAGAUAUUAUGCAUAGUUUUUAACCAAAUACGUUAGAUUUUGUGAAAAAAAACUGUUAUCAAUACAUAUGUAUUUCCAUGCUCACUUAUAUAUAUACUUGUUUUAUUCUAAGAAAAAAGUAGUUAAUUAAAAUGUUCCUAUUAUUUAAUAUAUAUUAAUUGUUACCUAAUAUUAUUCUUUGCUAUUUUUUGGUUUUUCUAAAUAAUUAAACUUUAUUUAGUGAGAACUAUAAUUUUGUUAAUCCGUAAAAACUCUUGAGUUGAAUAAAACCAUUAGAAUUAUAAUUGCAAUUUUAGUAAAGUAAAAACCAGUGGCGUAACUACAACAUCUGGGGCCCGUGGCAAAUUCUUAUGAUGGGGCCCUAUCAAUAAAAAUCGACACUUUGUACUCAGUUUGAUUAAAAGAAACAAAUUUUAUUUCAACAGAUCAUUUUAAUAAACAAAACAACAAUUUAAUUUCAAUAAGUUAUUUAUUAAGAAAACUAUUUUUUUCGAGUUUUCUGUUCCGCAAAAGUGUCUAUAACAUCAUCGAAGUUAUGAUCGUUCAGCACUAGCUGUAGUCACAGGAAUUGUGAGAAAUAACAUUAAUGAAAUGCAUACUUCAGGAAAGCUGCAAGACAUAAAAUAAUUUUUUAUUAUUAAUAAAUCAGCAAGGUCUCUAAUACACGACAAUUUUUGUAUUUCGUCUCUGAAGAUGGACCGAAAACUUAGAAUUUCUCUACCAAAUGAUUCAGAUAUGUCUUUUUUAUAAAUCUCAACAAAUUCUAGAGCAUUUUUUAAUAGAUCAGUGUCAUUUAAAACUUUUAACGUGGAAGGCUGUAAAACAUUGAAAUUUGAAUGAAAUUGGAAUGAAAGGCGAUGUCAGUUGGUUUAUAAUGAUGCCCAAUACUCGAUAAAAUAUAUUCACUCUGAACAAACUUUACGGAUCUUGUAGGCGCUCAUCUUCGCAGAGCUCGUCAAAAUGGCGUUUUACCUUCCUCUGACGAGUAUUAGAAAAUUCAGGGGUGAUGGAUCAUUUUUCAACUACACUAUUUGCUUCCAUCUUUAAAUUUUCAAAUUCAUGUCGAUACCUUUCCAAUACUUCUAGGCAGAAUUUCAAACGUUUUACGGCAUUUGAAAGAUCGGUCGCUUUAGACUGAAGUGCUUUAGAGGCUGCAUCGAUAGUAAGUAGGAUCUUGCAAUGAAAAACCAGUAACAUAACAAAAUUGUAGUUAUCGAUCUUCUUUUUGAGUGAAACAGCUUCAUUUCUUUCAUCUGAUUUGCAAUUAAACAGGAUUGUUUUCGUUAGCGCUUUUUGCACUUCAAUAAACAGAACUUUUAAAGCAAAAACGGCAUCAUAACAUCCUACCCAUCUAGUAGGGUUUAAUGUUUUCAAUGUUAUUGAAUUUGAAGACUCACUUUCUUCAUUAGAUAUCAAACUUGAUAAAAGAUUCCAUCUUUUGAUACUAUGCCCAAAAAAAUUAUAAAUUUGUUGAAUUGUUUCAAAAAAAUUUUGUAUAUCAAUAACCUCUCUCACUGCAUCCUUGAGUACUAGAUUUAAAUUAUGAGCAGCACAGUGAACAUAUACGGCAUUUGGCCCAACAUCUUUUAUGAGUUUUUGAACUCCACCACUCCUUGCCCUCGACACUUAUUUAGUGGAAUGUUUUUGUCAUUUAUGAAUUUAAUAAUUUGCUUGGACAUUGCUAAGGCAGUUUGAUCCUUAACUUCAUGAAAUCCCAAAAAUGUUUCUUUAAUGACAAGCGCCUUGGGAUCCCUAAUUACAAUCUUUUUCGAUCAUAGAAUAACGCUACAGUUCACACAUUUGAUCAAUUUUUGAAAUAUCUUGCGUUGUAUCGAAUAUGAUAGAGUAGAAUGGUGCUUCAUUUAUUUCAUUUAUGAGUACAUUUUUCUACUUUUAAAACCAGGACAGAAAUAAACUCAUUUUGUAUUUUCGGACUUAAGUAUUUUAUUUAGCCCUUUGAUUUAUUUAACAACUCUUGCAAAAUCGAAUUAUAUUUUCCUUAUAACUCAACAAUACUCAAAAAGUUUCCUUUGGAGCUUGGAUUACUGCUAUCUGCGUUUUCUCUGUGGCCACGAAAGGCUAAAUUACAUAUUGAAAGUGUCAGAGUAACAUUAAGGAGCCUAGAAAGUACUUGUCGCCAAAAGGAUUUUUCUUUUUUGAUCAUAGACUCUUGCUCUUCAUCGAGUGUUCCAUGUAGUCGCCAUUGUUGAUACGUAAGACAGGAAUCCAGAUGAAUUUUUGAUGUCUCGUGUCUUUGUAUGCCAUCUACAAUAUAUUUCCAGUCGUCAUAUCCCUCAAUCCAAACAUUUUGUAUAUUCUUAGAUGUCCGAUUUCCGAAUAACCAACACGGUUCACAAUACGCACUCUGAAGUAUUAAAGAAUAGGAAAGCCAUGUACGUUCAAGCUUGACGCCAGACUUGGAAACAAUAUAGCAAUGUUUUUCUAUAAAAGAUAUAUUGUUACUAUCUUUUAAGAAAGGGUCAUUAGGUUUGCAAUGUUCGUUUUCAAUCACGAACAUUUUCACUUGAUUAGUUACCUCUUUAAAAUUACCCUAAUCAGCAACAUAUGGCGAAGACAUGAUUCAAUUAUUAAAGGUUUGCUCACUAGUGACAUUCGAUUUUUGACACUCCCUUACAAAAGGUUGUAUUUAAGAAGGUGAAUAAAGUGGAAAAUAUUAAAUCCUUUUUGGUAAAAAUUUUAGCAAAAAAGUAUUUUCUUACUUAAAUGGAAAGAAACUGCGAACGGUUUAAAAAAUAAAUUUUAAUUGAUAUUUAGUUGUAAAUAAUGGUACAAAUAGAAGUUAUUAGCCUAAUAUAUACCAAGAC